AUGGAUGAUACCUACAUCCCUGAUGAGCUUUGGCUCAAUAGGGAAAUCCAAUUCGCCUCUCCUUCAACCUCUGCUUGGAAACUGACCGUGAAAAUCAAGGAAAGCAUCGGGCUUUUGAGCGAGAAAGAAUCCGAGGAUUACCAAGACACUUCCUUGUCUAUCGCUAUGUUUGAAUGCCACCGCUCUAGCGAUCCGACUCAACAGGCACGAGUGACAAUCUACAUGCAGAUCCCGAAGGAGCGUGAAGCCUACGAACGCCUGGCCAAUCACCAGAUUGAUUUUACUCCUCAACUCGUCGGCUUCAAGCACGAAAAACAAGAUGUUAACGGUCUGGUCCCGGACGGGUUCGUGUCUUACAUAGCCUACACCAACGUUCCCGGCGUCGCUCUGGGCCAGAGGAUUUACCGCUUUGGAGAUGGUUCUGACAUCCCCGGCGUCAAGGUGGCCUCAGAUGCGCCCAGUACCAGAGAGCCAGGAAAGCGUAUCACGCAGUAUAGCAUUCCCAAAGGGUUGUUCUGGACCAUGCGCAGAAGUGAGAGAGACCUGAUUCGGGCCAAAUUCAACGUGAUUUACAGGUCAGCACCCAGUAGUUAUCGUCUUGCUUAUACUGACCUUUCUCGUCGUGGAAGGAAACUUCUCGCAGCAGGGGUCAAUGUCGAUAUUCUUUCGGAUGAUAAUCUAGUUUUGCGUUACGAAUUUAGCUACAUUGACCGUGUAUUCGCGCCCACGGAUGGAACGGUUACUGGCGCCCGCGGGAUGUAG